GUCUCCGCUGCUACCUUAAUCAGCGAGCUUCUUCCGGUGGAAUUAUCUUCGGACAGGAAUCGGGAGAUUCUAAUUGGGUCUCUGGGUUGGAUUGGAUUACGUAAUUCUGUUGGGUGUUCCUAUUUCGCGUUCAAAAUUAGGGUUUAUAGAGGUCUCGCCUAUGGCUCCUGGGCGUAAAAGAGGAGCGAGCAAGGCCAAGACCAAAGGGCAGUUGAUUCUCGGUGAUCUGGUUCUUGCCAAAGUCAAAGGCUUCCCUGCUUGGCCUGCCAAGAUCAGCCGGCCUGAAGAUUGGGAUCGUGCGCCAGACCCAAAGAAAUACUUUGUUCAGUUCUUUGGAACAGAGGAAAUAGCUUUUGUUGCGCCGCCUGAUAUCCAAGCCUUCACUAGUGAGGCAAAGAGCAAACUAUUAGCAAGAUGUCAAGGUAAAACAGUCAAGUACUUUGCACAAGCUGUAGAGCAAAUUUGCACUGCAUUUGAAGAGUUGCAGAAUCACAAGUCAAAUGUUUUGGGCGAUGAGGAUCCUCUGGAUGCUGCUGAACCUGGUUUGACAAAGGCUGAGAGAGUGGAUGGAACAGAUCAUAUUGUCAUCGAGUCUGAUGGAACUAAUAACUUUGAUUCUAGGGUGGAUCCUUGCUUCCCCAAAUUAGAAAAGAAUAUUGGUGAAGAGACAAAGGCUGAGAUAGGGAAGCUAGAUUCAUCUUCAUUUCUGGAAUCAAAGAUCACAACCACAUUCUCUCGUAGUGAGUCACUGGAGCAUGGUUCAUAUGACCCUAGAAUAAAGGAAGAAGAUUUUGAUAAAGGAACUGACGGUAGUGCUUGCAUUGAACAUUUUGGUAAUGGCCAAAAGAAGCUGGCCAAUGGUAAGAGAAUUAAGAAGGAAGCUGGUGGCUCUGAUAUUAAAGGUGAAGAUACAGUUCAUAGAGACAGAAGCAAUAACUCACAUGUGCCCGGUGGUCGAACUGCCAGUGGUAACUCUGAUUCCAAAAAGUUGAAAGGUCUGUUGACAGAGAAAUCUAGCUCCAAAGUGUCGGCUGGCAAGCAUGAAAAUUCACCUGGCUUCAAGGGUGGGGUUUCCCGUAAGAAAAGGAGGCUUGAAAGUGAACUAGGAAAGGUUGCACCAAGAGUAGAUGAAAGUUCACGAGCUGCUAAAAAGCCUCGAUGUGAAAGUGCAGCAGACAAGAAAGAAAAGUGUGAAAUUGAUGAUGGAUCUGAUUCUACUGGGACUGUAUCAGAUAUUAAGCGUGAAAUUGUUUUAGGAUUAAGUGCUCGCGGUGGAAAUUUACAAUAUGAUAAAGAAGUAGUUGCAUAUACAAAGCGCCGGAGACAAACAAUGGAGCAUGCCAUCUCUCCUUCUUUUUCUGGGUCUCGUGAUAAAUCCGGGAAAGGUCAUCUGGAACAGAAAGACCGUUCCUCUCCUGUUAGUAAUGUUAAGGCUCCAGCUGCACAGUCGCUGAAAAAACGGAGGGCUGUUUGUAUCUAUGACGAAGAUGAUGAUGAAGAUCCAAAAACUCCAUUACAUGGCAGACCAGCCAUUGUUCCCAAAGCAACAUCAGUUUUGGCUGGUGGUCCUAAAAGUGCUACUCUGUGUCAAAGUACUUCUACCAAAGGUAAGAUGUCUGCUGGAUCUACAGAGAAUACUGAACUAAGGAAGUUCCCUCUGCGUAAACAUUGUGAGGAUGCAUCACGUGUAUUACCAGGCAAUGUGGAGAAUUCGACUAACAGCUUACCCACGGUAAAACCCAUCAAUGAAUUGCCGCCAAAGGAUGUCAAACAGAUCUUGCGAUCUCCGAAGAUGUCCCCCCAGCUGGUUUUAACUAACAAGCACGUUGCAGGACAGCAUAAACUUUUAAAAUCAUCUGUGAAAGUUUCUGAUGUUGUGAUGGCAAAGAAGCCUCAGAGUGAUUCUUGUAAGGAGACAGUUGCGGGAUCUGAUAAAAUAAGCUCUUCUCAGUCUCAGCCAGCAAAUCAGAGACACAAAGCAGCUUCAGUUGGAGAGAGGCCAACAGUUGUUUCAAAAGCUGCAUCACGUUUGAAUGACUCUGGUUCGAGAGACAUGUCUGAGGACUUGUCUGUUGGCAUGCUUGAUCUCAAUCGAGAAAAGUGGAGUGCUCCAUUUACCAGUGCAAAGACCCCAGAUUCGGCUGCAUCUAUGAAGGAUCUAAUUGCAGCUGCGCAGGCAAAAAGAAAACUCGCACAUUCACAAAACUCAAUUUUUGGGAAUUUGAACCCUAGUUUCUUGAGCAUCAGUGAUACACAGGUGAGGAGCCAUAGCCCAUUUAUGGUUCAGGAUGCUUCAGCUUCUGCUGCCAUCACAAUGCCAGUAGUUGUUCAAGGACAUCAACAAGGUUCUUCUCCGUCAAACCAUGGCCAUCAGUCCUCAUCAAGAAGUCAGAUUGAGACUGAUGAUAAUGAAGAGAGAAGACUUAGUUCAGGACAUAAGUCAGUUGGAGGUUCACUUAGUGGUAGCACUGAGGCUGCUGUUUCCCGGGAUGCUUUUGAAGGCAUGCUAGAGACCUUAUCAAGAACUAGGGAAAGUAUUGGACGUGCAACUCGCCUAGCAAUUGAUUGUGCCAAGUAUGGGCUUGCUAGUGAGGUGGUGGAACUUCUCAUACGAAAGUUGGAAAGUGAAUCUCACUUCUAUCGUAAAGUGGACUUGUUCUUUCUCGUUGACUCUAUCACCCAGUAUUCGCACAGCCAAAAAGGUAUUGCUGGUGCUUCUUACGUUCCUACUGUGCAAGCUGCUUUGCCACGUCUUUUAGGUGCCGCUGCUCCUCCAGGGACUGGUGCUAGUGAUAACCGCCGUAAAUGUCUGAAGGUUCUGAAGUUGUGGCUUGAAAGGAAAGUUUUCCCUGAAUCUCUUCUGCGGCGUUAUAUUGAUGAUAUUAGAGCUUCUGGUGAUGACGCAACUGUUGGAUUUUCCCUGCGACGUCCUUCUAGAUCUGAGCGCGCUGUAGAUGAUCCUAUCAGGGAAAUGGAAGGGAUGCUUGUUGAUGAGUAUGGCAGCAAUGCAACAUUUCAGCUGCCUGGGUUUUUUUCAUCUCAUAAUUUUGAAGAUGAUGAAGAAGAUGACGAUCUUCCAACGUCACAAAAAGCAAAAAGCACAUCUGCGGGGGAGCGUAACAAUGUUUUAGACGACCUGGAAAUACAAGAUAUUUCGAGUGAUAAAUGCCAUCGAGUUUUGGAGGAUGUAGAUCAUGAACUGGAAAUGGAAGAUGUAUCUGGCCAGCGGAAAGAUGUAGCACCUUCCUCUUUGUGUGAGAAUGAGACAAAGGAGCAGUCACUGGAAGUUAUGGAACCAGUUGCAGAAAAAUCAACUGAGGUCAAUCCUCUUCCAGAGGAUACUCCUCCGCUACCUCACGAAUCACCUCCGUCUACCCCUCCUCUACCACCUUCUCCCCCACCUCCAUCCCCUCCUCCUCCGCCGUCAUCUCCGCCUCCAUUACUGCCACCACCGCCCCCCGCAGCGCACUUCCCACCUCAGUCUCAGCCUCCACCACCACCGCCCCUUUCACCUCCGCCUUCACCGCCGCCUCCACCUCCACCUCCUUCACAAUCUAUAGCUUUUUCAGCAUCAUUAACAACUCAACAAUCCAUAGCUGGCCACCAUCAGUUACCAUUUCAACCAGGAUUUCCUCCCCCAGCAUAUCCUCUAUCGCAUCAAACAUACCCAGGAUCUAUGCAGCAAGACCGCUGUAGUAUUUUCACUGGUGAUCAAAUUGUCCAAGGGCCUGGAAAUUCUUCACGUGGAAGUCAUGUUGAGGGUGCUGGAAAACCCGAAUAUUUUGUGCAACAGUCAUCUAGUUUUUCACCAGCAGGAGUGUGCAGCUCCAGGGAACCUUCAUCAUUUACUUCCUCCAGACAACUAGAAUUUGGGAGCAGCGAUGUACUUUUUAAUCCUGAUGCUUCUUCACAGAACCAUCGGUUUCAGCCGAGCACCCCUCUAUCCCAAAGACCUAUGGUUAGGCUGCCUUCAGCACCGUCCAGUCAUUUUUCGUAUCCAAGCCAUGUUCAAUCACAAUCUCAGCAUUCCUACACUCAUCCUUACUCUUUCCCACCUCAACGUGAUGAUGGACGGCGAUACAGAAAUGAGGAACCAUGGCGGAUUCCUUCAAGUGGACAUAGUGCAGAAAAUCAGAGUGGUGCCUGGAUACGUGGAAGAAAUUCACAUCCAGGCCUUCCUAGAGUCACAGAUGGUUUCUUUCGGCCACCUCCAGAACGUCCACCUUCAGGGACAAUGAACUAUCAACCUUCUGCUGCUAGUAACUUACAAGCUGCCCCUGCAAUUCCAGGUCAUGCUGCUCCCCAGAUGCUACCAUCUCGGCCAGAUAUACCUACCGUGAAUUGUUGGAGGCCAGCUUGAAGUGAAUGUAAAAUUUUGUUGGUCUGCUCCUGUUAGUAUCAAUGGAAAAGAAGCUGCUAGUCUCAUUAACAAGGUUAUUCCUCUAGGUUUGAUUUUCUAAAUACUAAAGUCAAGUCUUUUAUCAGUGUUGUCAUCAGACAGUUACAGUUAUACUACUUUCUCUUCCAUGGAGGACUUUUUCGGAUAUAUCCACUUCCAGAGGCACAAAAACUACUGCAGGCUUUUGCCAGGAUUCUGUAUAGUGUAUUUUUUCCUGACAAAUGUAUCUGUGGAUCAUAUUCUUAACAGUAUAGGUUCCUGUUUUUUUAUGGUUAGUACUUCAGUUCCUGUAAUUAUGCCAAUCACAAUGUGCUCAAAGCUUUUACUGGAAUGAAAUUUGAACUUCAUA